AUGACUUCUCAUUCAGUUUGUAAUCUCAACAAUGAUGAUGAACAUCGUUUACAAGCAUCAAAUGAACAUGUUAAUUCGAAUAAAAAAAAUGAUGGAAAUAAUGCUAUUACACCACGAUCGUCGUCAACAUCAAAUUUACAUUUCAUUAAUUCAUCUUUACUUUCUGUUCGUCGUCCACUCUCAGCUGACGAAUCAGAUGAUGCUUUUCCAUUAAAUAAUGGUAAAGAAUGUCAUGUUAAUCCAAUUGUACUUAAUUUUGAUGAUAUGGAACUUGAUCAAAAUCAAAUACAUUCUAUUAAUGAUAAUCAACAUCAUUUAUCUUCUUAUAAUUUCGUUAUUACUAAUGAAUCAACACGUUUUGCUCAAACACGGUAUCCGUUUCCACCAUUUGUUUUACGUUUUGGUUCAGGCAAAGUAAAGAGUAAUCAAGUUAAAGAAAAUUUAAUUGAUCAUUGUAAAAAAAUUCAUCAAUUUGAUGUUCAUGUGAUUAACUGUCGUUCAUCUUCUAAUGUUCUCUCAGCUAAUGAAUAUGAUAUUCUUAUAUAUGUAAAAGAUGCUGUUUCUUUUUCUUUUUUAUUAGAACAAGCUCAUUGGCCAAAAGCUAUAGGUAAUAAUAAUAAUUAUUUUCCUUCAGCUCCAGCUAUUCCACCACAACUCUGUUUAUUAAUUAAAAAUGUUGAUUUACGUAUUGAUUUUGAUGAAUUCUCCCAUGCUAAUAUGCUUAUAUGUUCUAAGUGCAUGGCGUUAGGGCAUUUUAAAAAACAAUGCACUCAGAUUAAAGAAACAUGUCGCACAUGCGGUGAACAAGUUGAUGAUAUGAAAAAUCAUAUUUGUUCUAAAACUGAAAAAUGUAUCCACUGUGGUCAAAAUCAUAAAUCUAGUUCUCUCAAAUGUCCGGCGGUCAAAUCUUUUCGUACUGAAUUAACUCGUAAAAUUCUUCAACUAAAUAAUCAUUCAACACCUGAUACGAACUUAAUGAAUAAAAAUAUUAUUUUUAAUUCAACUAAUUUUCCACCUCCUCCACCACCUAAAUCUUCAACAUUAUCAAUUAAUCCUAUGACGAUUAAGCUGAAUGAGUUAAUUAAUAAAUUAUCAGAAGCGAAGAAUCAUCUUGCUAAUCUAGAAGUUAAACAUGAUAAAUUUGAACAAUUCAUAUUGGAAAAAAAAUUGUAA